AUGAGUCUCGGGCAGAUCACCACCUCGGCCUUUGUCACCUGCGACCCGGCCGCGACUCAAACUGUCUACACGACCGUGUACACAACGACAGCCAUCGCCGCGAACCCCACCACCUCGUGGAUGGCCACAUACACCAUCACAGAGGUCUGCACCGGCUGGCCGUGGGAGUACAAGACCAGGGCCAUUCCCCCCUGCUUCGCCGAGACCACCAUCUACUGCGAGCCCUGCGCCCAGAAGACCAUUCCCAUCAUCUGCCCCAUCCCGACCCCGACCGCCAAUGUCGUCAUCAACGGCAACGGCGUGACUGCAAACGCGAAUCCUGCCGUCACCGCCGCCCCCUAUGGCGCCUAUGGAGGCUAUGGCUCCUACAGCGGCGGUGGCGGCGCCAACAACCAGAAUGGCGGCAGUCAGCCUGGUGGUGGUGGUUCCAACCCAGGUGGGAACGGUGGCGGUGCCAACGGCGCUUCUUCCGACAUCCAGGGCCAGGCUCCCGGAUACGGUGCUUACGGUGGCUACGGCUCCUACGACCAGAGUGCGCCCGGCCAGCCCGGCGCCCCUGGUGCUUCUGGUGCCGGUGGCCAACCCGGCCAAUCUGAUGUCGCUGGUGCCCCGGGGGCGCCUCCGGUCCCAACCCUACCAAGCCAUCAACGGUCCUCGUUGCCUCCGCGCCGUCUCUCAAGAAAAGCCUUGGUCUUUUCUGCGGUAUUGCAAUGGCUGCCGGCUUGA